UUAAAUGGUCUGUGGAGUUCCAGUUUGUGAAGGUUUUGGGGAAGAUGGAGAUAAUCAGCAAGGCAGAGGAAUUGGUAGAGAGAAGAAUGAGAGGGAACGAUGCUUCACAUGAUGCAGCCCAUGCCUUCCGAGUUAGAGACCUUGCCCUUUCACUUGCUCAUCAACAAGGCCUUUCUUCUUCUCCCCAUUCCAUGCUAAUUGUGGAACUGGCUGCUCUUCUACAUGACAUAGGUGACUACAAGUACGUAAGGGAUCCCUCUGAGGCAAGGAUUGUUGAGGAAUUUCUUCAGGGUCAAGGCGUGCAGGAUGAGAUGAAGAUAAAGAUAUUGGAUAUAAUUAAGGGGAUGGGUUUCAAGGAAGAAGUUGGAGAGGUUGCCAACAGGAAUUAUUCAAUAGAGUUUGGGGUGGUGCAAGAUGCUGAUCGACUUGAUGCGAUUGGUGCAAUAGGAAUCGCGCGUUGCUUUACAUUUGGUGGAAGCAGGCAUAGAGUUCUCCAUGACCCAAGAAUUCAACCUCGAUCAGAUCUGUCUAAGGAAAAUUACAUGAACAAAGAAGAGCAGACUACUGUGAAUCAUUUUCAUGAGAAGCUUCUCAAAUUGAAGGACUUGAUGAAGACAAAGGCUGGUAAAGAAAGGGCUGAGAAAAGGCACAAAUUUAUGGAGGAUUUUCUGAAGGAGUUCUAUGAAGAGUGGGAUGGGAGGGCCUAAAUGAGGUAGCAGUUUUCCGAUUGAUGUUUUGUGGACCUAAAUAUUAGUUCUUUGUCUUGGUUGCAUAUAACCAAAUGUAAGGAGUUCUUAUACAAUAAACUAAUUGAUGGAGAACUUCUGUAUCUGAUGAUAGAGUAUUAUUAACAUAAAAGGAGAAUAGUUCUGAUUGAAGCAGAAAUGAGACAAAUUCUUUAACAUACCA